AUGAAGCUGGUUCCCGUCGCCCUCAUGUACCUGGGCUCGCUCGCCUUCCUAGGUGCGGACGCCGCAAGGCUCGACGUGGCGGCAGAGUUCCGAAAGAAAUGGAAUAAGUGGGCUCUAAGUCGUGGAAAAAGAGAACUUCGCGAGUCCAGUAGCUACCCCACCGGGCUUGCCAACGUGAAGGCCGGGCCUGUCCAGACUCUUGUUCGGCCCCAGGAUGUGAAGGGCGCCUCUCGCAGCCCGCAGGCCAGCAGUCCUGACGCAGCCCGCAUCCGAGUCAAGCGCUACCGCCAGAGUUUGAACAACUUCCAGGGCAUGAGGAGCUUUGGUUGUCGCUUCGGGACGUGCACGGUGCAGAAGCUGGCGCAUCAGAUCUACCAGUUCACGGACAAGGACAAGGACGGAGUCGCCCCCAGGAGCAAGAUCAGCCCCCAGGGCUACGGCCGUCGGCGCCGACGUUCAGUGCCCGAGGCCAGCUUGGGUCGGACUCUAUUACAGCCUCCAGAGCCAAAGGCGCGAGGUGCCCCAGACUCCCGGGUGCAUCAAGUAUUUGCCACGCUCCUUAGGAUUUAG